UCCAUCCCUCUUAUCCCUUUGUCCCUCUUUUCACCCAAAAACCCAAACACACUUCCAUCAAACUCCACCACAAUGUCACUCACAGCUUCACUCCUCCACUUCUCUCCCACCGCCAAGCUCUCCUCCCAAUUCAUCCAUGGCUCUACUCCUCUCUCCUUCCUCUCCAAACCCACUUCGUCCCUCUCCUUCCCAACCCCACUACGCCACACCUUCCUCCAACCCAUCAAGGCCCUCAAGUACCUCCAGGGCCGAGUCAUCUGCUCCACCAACGACAAGACCGUCUCCGUGGAGGUCACUCGCUUAGCCCCCCACCCCAAGUACAAGAGGAGGGUGAGGAAGAAGAAGAAGUACCAGGCCCAUGAUGAGAAUAACCAGUUCCAGGUGGGUGACGUCGUCCAGCUUGAGAAGAGUAGACCCAUCAGCAAGAACAAGGCCUUCAUUGCUGUGCCGCUUCCGCCGAAGAAUGUGAAGAAGAAAGAGGGAGAUGGGAGUGAGCUGGGGAUUCCUUUGGAGUCGCAGCAGGUGUAGAGUGAUCGAGGUCCUAUGUUUGUUUGUCUUCAUUAAUAUGAUGUUGUGAUUUUUGGAAUGUUUAGUCUCUGUGAUGAUGUUCUGAAUUUAGUGUAAUUUGGUGGGAAGUAAUGGAAUGCUUGAGCUUU